AUGCUAGGGUAUGAAAGUUAUAAACCCGAAAUAUACUCCUGGAGACAUUAUGCAAAUGCCCUAGGUUAUCCCACGUUGCAAUUGGACCGCCUAGGGCACGGCAAGUCGUCUCACCCAGAUCCCGCAGUGUAUACUCAAGGCCCAUACGAAGCUUCUCUCUAUGUGGAUCUCGCCAACCAAAUCAGGUCUGGAAGCACAGGUCAGAUCCCGCAGUACGACGAAUUGUUGUAUAUCAGUAAUUCCUAUGGAUCGGUGCUUGGCGUUUACAUCGCCCAGACGUAUCCGGAUCUUUUUAACAUCAGCGUCUUUACCGGCUAUACUAAACGCAUUCUCCCGUCGUACUACGGAAUCGCGCUUCAAAACCCCCAGUCUGCCGCGGUGCUCUUUCCAGAGAGAUUCCCUAGCACAGUGCCUGCACUCUACCUGACUUCACCUAACGAGCUAACCCGAACCAACUCCUUCUUCGGUGUUCACGACCAGGUAGAUUUUGAGCAGGAGCUUGCUCAAAUUUGGUGGGAGCGGGAAGACGUCGUCGCAGCGGGAGAAUAUAUCGGCACCUACGUUCUGAUGACCAAGGCACCAGCUUAUACCAGGCGCAUCCUGGUCAUCACUGGCGAGCAAGACCAGCCAUUUUGUGGUCAAGGCACGCCCACGAUAGCCGUGGCCGCAUGCGGUAACCUGCUCCCAGAAACGGUGGAAAUAUUCCCCAACGCCGAAUUCAAUUGGAAGAGAAUUGCCAAAACUGGCCACGCGAUCAAUUUGUGCAUGUCCGCACAGGAGACUUUCAAGACUGCACAUGAUUUCCUGGCUGGUUCAAGGUUUAACGGAUGA